AUGUGCCUUAAUCAAAGAUCAAGAGGUCGCCUCACAAUCGAGCAAAAGUAUCGCAUUAUUAUGCACAACAUGCACUUUCCUAAUCUGACGCAAAUGCAACUCGGUCAAUGGGCUCAAAAGGAAUUCAACCUUCAUCACUCAGUCAAGCAAAAAACUGUAUCGAACGUCUUGAAUUCACAGGACAAGGUGAUCAAAGCUUACGAAGGAGGAAAUUUGAAGAGAAAAAGCAGCAGAGCCUUGACGAUGCCACAAUUGGACAAUGACAUUUUGGAGUACAUUCAAGCCAUGAAUGCAAAAUCUCUUCCUGUCAAUCGUGGAACUAUUGCAGCUUUUGCAAAAGUAGUCGCACACAGAAAGUACCGCAUGCAUGAAUUGCCAAAGAAUAAGCAAAUCCAUUUCUCAGAUGGAUGGCUAACCGAUGUUUUCAAGAGAAUUGGUGUCAAGUCAAGACAUUUAUAUGGUGAAAAAAGCUCAGUCGACUUAACAUCAUCUAAGAUUGUCGAAGAACUCAGAAAGAUUGAAGAAUUGUUGGAGCCAUAUGAUCCCAAAGAUAUUCUCAACUUUGAUGAAACUGGCUUAUACUACGAGCAACAACCAACUCGCACCAUUUGUCAGGAACCUUUAGGUGGAUCAAAGAAAAGCAAGAACAGAUUCACAGUUGGACUAAUCACCAACUAUGAUGGAUCCUAUAAAGGGCACCCCAUUGUAAUUGGGAAACGAAAGACACCAAAGGCAGCAAACAAAAAACCUGCUUUGUACAGAAGAACCACCAACAUCGGGCAAUCCCAUUAUGUGGAGUACCAUUCAUCUCCCAAUGCAUGGAUGAACACCGACAUCUUUAGGAAGUACAUCAAACGUUUGAAUGCGUCUUUCGUUUACGCCGGAAGAAAAGUUGCUCUCUUGGUUGACAAUGCUUCAGUGCAUAAAUUGAAAGAAGAAUUCAGCAAUAUUAAGUUGAUUUUCCUUCCAGCAAACACAACAAGCAAGUUGCAGCCUUUGGAUGCCGGAAUCAUUGCGAACUUCAAGGCUCAGUUUCGUUGGCACCAAUACUACAGGGCAGUGAACAAGUAUCUUGCUGGGUUAAGCCUCAAACAAUCCAAAAUUGCUGGGAUCAUACGAAGAUCCUUGAUUUUUAAGUUUGCUCAGAGACAGAGAGUCGACUCGGAGGAUGUACUCCCAUCUUUCGAGCUACCUUUAGACGAUGAUCUAGUCAGCCAGUUGAACGAAAUCAUCCCUGAACUUCCUGGAAACAGAAGUAAUGAUGGGGUUCAAUUGGUAACUGAAGUAAACGACUUGGAUCUAAAUGCAGAUGAGUCUGAUGCAAUCGUUUUUAAUCCCGUGAUUGUUGAAUUUGAGGAUGGCGAUGAUGUUACCCAUGGAUCACAAGAGCUUGAGGUAGAGGAAGAACCAGUAGAGAUUUACGAUGUUGAUACGAAGGAGAUAAGAGAGAAGUUGAAGCAUGCGUAUGAAACUAUCUUGUACCAUACCAUCCCAAUGGAUGAAAAAGAAAAGUCUAUGCUGAAAACUAUCCGUAGGAAUCUGAACGAUAUCAGAUCGGAGGAAGUAGCAGAGAAAAAUCAAACAGAUUUACGUGAUUAUUUUGUUUAA